AUGGGCAUCAUCAUAUCCCUCUUCCGCCCUGCCCCACCCCCCGGACCGGUGGCCAUCUCCCACCCCCACCCCCUAUCAGCCCAGCCUCACCCUCCCCCUCGCUCGCCCGUACCCCGAGUCACGAAGAAUGUACCCUCAAACGGCGGAAAGGCAUCCACCAAGCGCCACCCACGCCCCCUUUCGCCGGGCUUCAGCCCCCACUUGCGCCCAUAUACGCCUAUAGCAGAAGUCGUCCACGCCCCCGAACGUGCGUACUCCUACCAGUCCAUUCGAUCCCUCCACUCGCCUUCAAGGGGGACGACGCGGGCGAGGCGGUUACGCGCAGUGUCUUUCUCUGACGACGACGACACUGGAGGAGGCUCGAGAGCGAGUAUGCAAGAAAGCCUAGGAUUGGCGGUGGACAGCGGCGAGAAGGGAUCUAGAGGGAAGAAGGGGAGCUUGAGUUCUAUGGGGAUCUCUUCAGGGCUGGGGCUUGGUAUCGGUUUGGGGCAAGAAAAGCACCGUCCAUGGGAUCGGCUCCCGAACGAUGAGAUGUCAGACGAUACUCUCUCCGCACCUUCGUCGCCUGUAUUUCAUUCGCCUUCCCCAUUCGACUCCCCGCCCUCCAUAUCCAUACCCACCACCCAAAACUCGAGCAACUCGUCUACCCCGGUGGGGCAUCGUGCCCCUCCGCCCUCGUCCUUCCCUGCUGCCUCGUUCCCACAUUUCUGGCGGCAGUCUGAACCGUCUACGUCUGCUGCGACUGACUCGAGUGGUACAGUCAGUUCUCAUAUGUCGUCUUCUGAAGGAGGGAGGAGCAAGCGGCGGUUGAUAUUUCGUUCGCCGUCUCUGGGGAGCGGGAGUAUCAAGAAUGGGUUGAUGGGAAAGACGAAGCUGAGGAAAGUGAAGCGUGUAGAGGGAGGGUGGGAUAUGGUUAGGGAGGGAGAUUGGGAUACGGGAUGA